AUGGCUCUGGGCAGCCAGCGUGGCCUCGCUGCCUGCGGCCGUCUGUGUCUGCCCCCACUGUCGGGCGUCCGCAAGACCCCAGCUGCAGUGCUUGGAAGCUCAUCCUGCAUGUGCCGUGGCUGGGCUCAUCGACAGUCCUCCCUGCCCGCCUCCAAAGGGGACUUUGCGCAUCAAGGUGCUGUGUGCUCCUUUGGGAGCAGCUCUGCAGACAGGUGUCCGGCCCGAGCCUUCCCCGGGUCGUGGCGGUCCCAUUCGUGUUCUUGCCGCCCGCAGCACUGGGCGCUGCUGAGCGUGUCUCUGCUGAACUGCCUGCUGUCCACGGCGUGCAGCGUGGGGCUGGCGCUGGCCGUGGCCCUCACGGUGCACAGCCGGGGCACGCACCUGGUCAGGGGCUGCAACAGCUCGGCGCUGCCUCUGGACGCCCGCGCGGCCAUCGCCACCAACGACUGUCCUUUCAACACCACGCGCAUCUACGACACAGCCCUGGCGCUCUGGAUCCCCUCCCUGCUGCUGGCAGCUGCAGAAGCCGUGCUCUCGGGCAGGAGCUGCUUGGUGGCUCUGCUCUUCCGGGGCAUCUGGCCCUGUGCACGCAGCUAUGGCACACAGCAGCUGGCCAGGCCAAGUACAGCAAUGGAGAAGCCACUCCGUGAGAGGCAGCAGCUCCUGGCAGGACUUGCUGAGUCUCCUGCAUAGCUGGAGAGGUGGUGCUGCAGGAGUGCUGUGACCCAGCAGGGUCAGGGCGAGGUGCUGUCACACCUUCUGCAGGGUUGGUGUGCCUAAGGUGGGCUGCAGGGGUGAGGGGUGUGCCUUGCCCCCUGCCCCCAGCUGGGACAGACCCUGCAGCUGCCUGGGCCCCGCAUGCUCUGCCAUCCCCUCCCCAAGCUGCCAGGCCCUUCCUGCUGUCCUGAAGGCUCCAUUGGUUUCUGUCAGCAGAGAUGGGGGUGAGCAGAGGCGCUGGGCCCAAGUCCUGGUGCCAUUGCAGGCAUGGCAGCUGGCUGUGCCUGUGCUCAGACAUCAGGGAACAGAAGGGGAAGACUCCCCAUCAUGUGGAUCUCUCGUUUUCUUGAAUAAAUAAAUGUUCCUUUUCACACUGGCUGUUCUGAGUGGCUUUGCCAGGUGAGUGCUGGUUGGGAAGGAAACUGCAGCUACUCUGUGAGCCCAUCUCUGUGCUUGCCACUCCCCAAGCACAGGGAAGUUGACAGAGCCAUGGCCUCAGUGUGAAAGUCACCCAUGGAUGUGGGGGUUGAGAAC